AUGAAGCUUCUACUGCUAGCCGUCCUUGGUGUGAGCUUUGCCGUGCUGACGGUGCAAGCUGAAACUUCCCACCCUCCGUCGAAAACAUCCCACAAACGUGCGGUCCUAGGAGGCAUUGGAGGAUACGGAGGAGGCUAUGGAUUAGGAUCGUACGGACUGGGCGUAGGCGGCUAUGGAUUGGGAUUGGGUGGCGUAGGUGGCUACGGACUGGGCUUAGGUGGCGUUGCCGCAGGUAUCGGUUCGGCGAUUGCUGCUCCGGCCAUUGCCGGUCCUGCUUACGCUCCAGCAUUUGCGGCGCCGGCCAUUGCCGCCCCAGCCCUGGCAGCUCCGUCCAUCUCGAUUGCCCCCGCCAUCACCCGGAACAUUCACACUCAAUCGACGAUAACCCAGCCCGUCCCGGUCCCGGUGCCAACGCCGGUAGCCGUUCCCGUAACCCGCCACGUGGCCGUCCCCGUUCAGGUUCCGGUUCCGGUGCACAUUCCGCGGCCCUACCCCGUGCACGUGCACGUGCCCGUUGAUCGGCCCGUGCCGGUUCCGGUGCCGCAGCCGUACCCCGUGACCGUCACCCGACACGUUCCCGUGGCCGUCCCCCAUCCGGUGCCCGUUCCGCAGCCCGUGCCAGUGCCCCAGCCCGUGCCGGUUCCGCAGCCCUACCCGGUGCCACAACCCAUAGCGGUCCCAGUGCCAGCUCCAGCCCCGGCACCGAUUGCCAUCGCCGCUCCGACCAUUGCCGCGGCACCGGUGUACGGGCCCUCGCUCGGUCCCAUCGUCGGCGGAGGUGGCCUCAUCGGGGGUGGACUCAUUUCCGGGGGCGUUUUGUCACCCGGUUAUGGCGGGUACGGACUGGGAUCAUACCUCGGGGCAGGUUCGAUCUAUGGUGGUGGACCCAUCAUCAGCGGGGGAGGUCCCAUCAUCCACGGCCAUCACGGUGGGCACAUUGGGCUCACCAUCAAGAAGCACUUUGGUUAA